ACUGUUAUAACCUCAAAUCCUACCAAGCUGGUACCAACUGAAUUUACUUAUACUGUUGUUUACAUAUUGUGAACAUCCAGGUUAGCUACGUUUUUGUAUACCAAAGACUGUUGUUUUCUAAAAUUGUAAUAUUAUUUCCUUGACAGUUUCAAUGCCCAUUGGAAAGGGUUAAGUAUUCAUAAAAUAAUGUAAACAGUGUAAGAAAUUGAUGCUGAGGCAGCCUUGGAGAUUAUGUCCCAUUUCAAUCUCCGGUAUGAAUCUAAUAAGAACUACGAAAUUAUGGUCUUUCCUUAUUUUAAAUAGGCAAAACUUUCUUGGUCUGUCUGAUCCUUCUGCGUACAAGAACAGUUUUCAAUUAACCACUUCAGUGCCGAGUUUAAUUUAAAUGACAAGUGUAAACUUUCUUCCUGCCAGCUAAGUACGUCGAUGUUUCAGUGCUGGUGUAGUUGCUCAUAACUCCGAGAGAUGACACUCAAAUGUAAUCAAACUAAAACAGGUGUUGACAGAAGCUUUGAUGUAUCGAGUUAUGAACAUACAAGCGAUAUUCUCUCGCAAAACGUCUUCCCGUUUGUGUUUCCGUUCGUUUGUAACAUGUGGCUGUCUCGUGUGUAAAUGUGGUAAAGCAAAACGUUAGCAUGAAAGUGAAUAGCUGUGCAAGGUGACAUCACAUCCUAAAGCAGUACUAAAGAAUUGUGCGUGUGGUGCAUGCUGUUGACAUCGUGAUCUUGUGCGCAGGGCGCCGGCGCCAUGCAACUGGCGUCGCUGUAGUGGCUGGACGCGUAGUCGGAUAGUCGUGAUGCGGUUCGGGAAGGUGAGACAGUUCCUGCACUCCUCAUGGCCCGGUACGGUUCACACGUGUUCACGACGUACCCGUUCAUCUCACUACUGCUCACCUUCAGACUCAUCGCCACAGAUGUCACUGAUGUACCUAAAUUCGGUGAGCUGAUUAACAAUGUGACGGCUUCAGUGGGCCGAGAAGCUACGUUGGCCUGCGUUGUGGACGACCUAGCGACGUACAAGGUGGCAUGGCUACGGGUGGACACGCAAACCAUUCUGACGAUAGCUAGUCACGUCAUCACGAAGAACCAUCGUAUCGGCGUCACACACAGUGACCACCGCACGUGGUACCUGCACGUCAGAGACGUCAGAGAGUCUGACCGGGGCUGGUACAUGUGCCAGAUCAACACUGACCCCAUGAAGAGCCAAAUCGGCUACCUCGAGGUGGUCGUGCCACCGGAUAUUCUGGACUACCCCACCAGCACGGACAUGGUGGUGCGUGAAGGGACGAACGUGACACUUCGUUGCGCCGCGACGGGGUCACCUCAACCCACCGUGACCUGGCGUCGUGAGGGUGGCGAAAGUAUUCCAAUGGGCGCUGGUCAGGAAGUAGCCAGCGUGGAGGGCGCAGUGUUCAACAUUACCCGGGUCAACCGGUUGCAUAUGGGAGCAUACCUCUGCAUUGCGACCAACGGUGUUCCGCCCACAGUGAGCAAGAGGAUAAUGCUUAUCGUCCAUUUUCCUCCAAUGAUUUGGAUACAGAAUCAAUUGGUUGGAGCACAUGAAGGUCAGCAGAUGACACUUGAAUGUCACUCAGAAGCAUACCCAAAGUCAAUCAACUACUGGACUAGAGACAAAGGCGAAAUCAUAGCACAAGGUGGUAAAUACGAACCAGUGUUGCUGGACAAUGCGUAUAAGGUACACAUGAAGCUAACAAUCCGUGUGGUCGCCCCUUCAGACUUCGGCUCCUACAAAUGCGUCUCCAAGAAUUCCCUCGGCGAUACGGAUGGUAGCAUCAAACUGUACCGUAUUCCAUCUCCUUCGACAUCUCCAAAAUCUGUAAUAGUAACAACACAAUCAAGUUCGUCAAUAGAUCAAGAUAAGUCAACAAACAAGCUCCAAAAGGAUUCUGAUGAUCCUGGAUUGUACAAGCAACAAACAAACGAGAUCAUGGACAUAGCCGAUCCAGAAAAGGUCACGAGGGGAAGAGGUGAUGCUACGGAUCUAAAACUGCGAGAAAAACUUUGGGAAAACUCAAGAUCACCCCCACUGGUUCCUGUACCUUCUUUCAGCUGCCAAAUUUUUAUCGUAUUUGCCGUCAUUAUAGUCUGGUCAAAUAUUCAAGCACGCUUCCUGGUCUGAAUAUUUAAAAACUUCUUGACAGAAUGAAUACAUAUAAAUAAUUGUUCUGUGGUUCUGUUCUGGUGUCCGUCAUCAGAAACUAGAAAGGUGUGCGUGACACAUGAGUGCGUGAGAUAAACAGUUUGGAAAAUAAUUAUUUCCAGCCCUUUCUCUACGGUAACACUUCUGGCCACUUUCGCGUUAAAAUAGUAUUAGUUUCUUUAAUUGACAUUUAAUUAUUCAUUUUUAUGGAAUCUUAAUGUAAACUGUGGAACAAAACUUACAACUCACAUAAAAAUAUAUUUAAACACAAAGAAUAUAAAAAACUUUCUCGGCAGUUUGGGAUUAUUCCUUACUGACGGAAACAUUUUGAACCCUUUAAAAAUAAAAAAAUGUAAACUUCUAAUCUUACGGAUUUUUGAGAAAUGAUGAAGGUAAUUUUAAGUUUAUAUCUGUGCAUACUACAGGUAACUAAUCUUAAUAUUACUGUUUAUAAUUGUUCCUCAUGAUCAGAAUAAACAUAAAUGUAAUAUUUGGCGUAUUUCUAAAUUUUGAAACAUAAAAUUUAAAAUCACAAUUGCUCUACGGAAUAUUUUAAUGCAAUUAAAAUUUCGGUCCCAUUAUAAAACUACGGUUUAAUUUAGUUUUGUGAGUGAGAAUUUCAUAUUCUGAUGUUUUAUAUACGUACUUUCGAGGCUACACAACACAGACUUGGAUGAAUGAAGUGUAACAGUGAAGACAGUGCUCCAGGAUUUGUGCUUUCAGUUAAGAGACCUUUAUAAUAAGACCUGUCUUGCAGAGAUGAGUUUUAGGGUCCUACAGGUUUCUGUGAAUUGCGUGAUGACACUAGCAGAGCAAGAUUUAGGUUAGGUUCCGUAAAAUUCUGUACAGACAUCAACUGAGAGAUUGUUCCUCAGUGGAUAUUGCUUCUGUUUGUGUUGCUAAUACCAUGGAAACUGUUUCUAAUUUAUUAUCUGACCAUGGACGUCCGCAUUUAUCUAUUUCUUAUUUCAUUUCUUAUAUAUUUUAUAAGCAAUGUCUAUUAAUGCAACUCUAUGUUCUUUUUUUAAAGCCUAGUAUUUGACGUAUUGUAGAUAAUUGUACGCUUCUUACUGUUAUUAUUGUUGUUGAAUAUUCCUCUUUGGUUAAUUAUCAAGCCGUAGGAGAUAAAGCUCCAAGCUUUCUUCACAAGAUAAAGGUAAGUGGUCAGUUUUAUAUUUCAGGACCUCAUUAUCCAGUUACCUACUGAGCAGGAGGCCCAAAAGGGAUCAAAAUAUUCAUCAUUCUGUAAUUAAUCAAUUUAGCGACAUAGAUUACCUAACUCAUUAUCGUCAUGAUCACUGGUUUGCUUUAAACAGUGUGUAAUAUGGAGUCGAGAUGAAGAAUGGUGUUUUGUCUUCAAUAAGAAAUCCUCCAACAAAUAAAUGAAAAAAUUAAAACUUAUUCAUUAGCGACCGUCACCACUCUUCAUUGGAUAUUAGAACGCUGGACUUGUAAUCCUGGGGUCCCGGGUUCGAUUCCCGGCGGUGCCCGAAUUUACAACUUGUGUUGGGCAAGGCCGUGGUCCAGGCAUCACGGAGUUUUCCUCCGGGGUUUCCCCGGUUUCUCC